UGUUCAUGACCAUUUUCCUUCUGCACGCCCAUGGUUCCAAAUUCAUAACAAAUUUAACAAGAUGGCCGAGGAGCCUUGCCUGCCGUUACAAUCAGAAAAGAUCCUGUCAUACACCAUCAAUCCUCAUCUCCUCGCCUACUGUCCCCGGACAGACCUGCUUGCGGUCGUCACUCGAGAUGAAGUGAUUGAAGUUUAUCGUAUCGGCGGUCAGCGCGCAUUCGUCGUCAAGAGGAAAAGUCCUUCCACGACCAUUGUCGGUCUCGAGUGGAUACGUGAUGGAAAAUGCCUGGCUGUAGCUCUCAACACUGGAUUUGUGGAUAUCGUGUCUGGAGAGAGUGGAAAGAUCAUUCGUCAUGGUGGUGAUGAUCCUUUCAGCAUAGAUGCUGCAAAUCCGAAAACAAAGACUGAUCGAGGUCAAAUCACCUGUCUGGGCUGGGGCACCGCAUUGACCAGAGAGGUCGUGGCACCGAAGAAGUCUCCGAAAUCUGGACUGGAUCAAUCAGUGCUGGAUGACCUGUGGACUCGUCUUGGUUUGACCCCUGGUGACAUGCCUUCGUAUGGUGAAGAUGACGACGAUCUGGAGACACAGGGACAAGAGGCUCUCUUGAAAGAUCUGCCUCGUCAAUUGGCUUUCCUGGAUGUUGAGUCUAUACUACCACGUCUUAGUCCGAUUCCCACGCGACAUACUGCAAGCGGGAGAUAUGACAUGUUUGCGACACAAGCUGCGUUGGACGACUAUUUCGACUCUAUGCAGAGAAAGGAUCGUUUGGCUGCCGAUGUCAUGUUUGUUGGACAUGCUGGCGGUAGAAAUCGCGUUACUGUCGAUGACAUCCUCGAGGUCAACUACACGCCUGAUUACCCGGGCUCGAACUUUGAGUGGCCUAUGAAAGAGGACGACGAGACACCGCAUUCGCUCGUACCACUCAUGUACAGUUCACACCCCCGGUCGAAACAACAUGCUCUCCUACGAGCAGAGAUUGAGGAUGGACAAGCUUCGGACGACUUUGCAAAAGUCUACAAGAACCUACAUCUGAGUCUGUUUGACAUACCGCUAAUGUCAUCCGGCGGAUCACAUCUUCACUUGAUCGUCUCUCGAACGGCACAACUCCGUGAUCUUUGCGGCUACAUCUCAUGUAGUAUCGUAUCAGCUAAGAGUGACUGGACCACCCACACAAACUUGCCAUCAAGGUUCAUGGAGAACGUCAACGAGACACUAGAAGAGAAAGGCGAAGGUCUGCUGGAGGAUAACUUGUAUCACCUUGCCAUGACUGGAAACUUUACACCGACUAUCCUUGAAUGGCUACGAGACGAAUUGGCAGAGCGCGGUCACAAGAGAUGGGACCACGCAAUGACGACCCUGUAUACUGAGUUGUCCAAGAUUCUGCAUACAAACCUGCUCCCAGUCCUCGAACGAAGCGCAGUCGUAGCAACAAAUUUACGAGGCCUGGCAAGAUAUUACUCGGAUACACCCCACUUCAAUGUGCCACCAGAGGCAUUCACAUCCAUUCUGUCAACCCUAUCAUCUCUUCAACUUCUCGUCCACGAAGCAGUACAGAUCUUGGGUACUGAACAACGCCAAUUUCGCGCUUUCUCAAAAUGGUUGAGACAUCAGAUCGAUCUCGCAGCUGCAGACCCAGACUCGCUAAGUGCAAAAGAUAUGGCAGAGCGAGAGACGCCUCAGCUAGACUUGUCCAACACACUUGCAUAUCUCGAAGGUGGAUUGACAAAAAGUAGGCUCAAGCCUAUCGUGUUGCUCACACCUGAAAUGGACGCUUCACAAAACCUCACAGCCACAAACCUCAUCAACUGCAUUCACGCCUCAAGAACUGGAGAUAUAGACAGCGAGAUCGAGAAACUACUCUCCUUGCAUGCAUGGAGUUUCCGUCUCAGCGCCAUGUGUAAAUUUGCUCAUCAACACAUAACCCUCUGGCAACAAUCCUCCAAACCACAAACCCUUGAUAUCCCCUGCUCAACACCCACAGCCUCUUCCCUCCACCCUCAUCUAGAUAUCCUCAUGCUAGAAACCUCUCCCCACACCUUCCAAACCUACAUCCUCGGUAUACCCCUCCUUUCCUCGAAUGACCAGGUGCCAGAACUAGCACUCUGGCACCAGACGACAAGACCCAACAAUACCGAACAAGGAACUUUCGGCUGCGGACAAAUCUUACUACCAUUUUCUUCAGAUGCAAAAAUCUCGAAUGCAAAAUUCCUGGAUGAAGAAACUUUUCUCUGUAUUUUCCACUGCGAGGAAAGGGAUUAUUUACUUUGUUUACCCUAUCGCUGCUCCACGUCGAAGACGGAAAUCAAAAAGCAAUGGCAGAGUAUGAAGGAAUUGGAGGAUACAGGGUGUAUAGCGCAGAGAUUUGAAAAGGGAUGGGUUCCGAGGGGUUUGGUGGGGAAUGGGAGAGUAGGGAGGAGAAAUUGUGUUGUUGUUGAGGAAGGGGGGAAGGGGUGGAGGGUUUUUGAUCUGGAGGGGUUUAGAAGGAGAGGAGGGGUGGGUGGGAAGGAGAUGGGAGAGGUAGGGGCAGAGGAAGAAGAAGGGGAGGAGAGUAUGGUAUUUGAUUGACGAGACUUGUUCCGGGUAUCAAGGAUGUGGGAGGGACUUGGAUGGAAUGGAAAAGUAAAAGUGUUUCCUGAUUACAAGUUGUCUGCCUUCUUGUCUUUCGAUCCUGGGCUACUCGAUAUCAACGAGUCUUGUCAUCUCUAUCUGCAAAGCUUUUCGUCCUGUGAACGUCUUGCUGUAUCCAAAACUUUCCGCUCGCAGGAUGAAGAAUCAAAGAACCAUAAAAGAACCAAGACCGAGAACCAUAGUAAGCUUCCAUAUGCCCAACGAAAGCCCUUCUCUUAUUUCGAUCCUUGAACGCGUAGUUCCAGCAUAAUAUCUCCAAACCUCGUAUUUCAAAGUCAUUCGUCUGCUCUCACCUUCCCCUUCCAAUUCAAGAGAUGCCGGAAACACUCCCCUUGAUCUUCUGGUCCUGCGACGAUGCCUCUCUUGAUACACCUCGUCCUCGUCCUUCUUCCCUCUUUUAGCCAG